AACUGAGCGAUGCCCAACUGAAAUUCGAAUUAACUUUAAUAACUAGCGGUUACCCAUUGAGAUUUAUCAGAUAUCAUUUCAAACGAUUCUUCACAGGUAUUCAAGCGAUAUCCGUUUGAAAAUAUUUCGAUAUCAAUCGAUAUCAAGAAAUUCAUAAAAAACUUCUCAAUCAACCGACUAGACAAGACAAAAAAACGUCGACAAAUUAUUACGGACCCUGAUGAUCUAGAACAAUAUCUUCCAAAGAAGAAACCAUGGGAUCGAGAAAAACUAAUUGUACAUUAUCGUUAUGAAAGUAGUCCAAUUGUACGAUAUCGCCAAGAAUUUGGUCGUUUCUGGAAAGAUUCUUAUGUCAAUGAUCAGUCGCGUGUCAAAGAUGUUCGUCUAACUGUUGGUAUACGCAUCAAUCCAUCACUGGAGCAUCGAUUGGUUAAAAAGAGGCCUCCUCAAGUUCUCUUGAACAAUAGAAAUUUGGCGAUGAAAUUUCUUAUUACAUUUUUACUCAUAUUUUUAUCGUUCGGUGAUGAAAAAGCGGUUCCAUUAGAUGCUACGGUAGUUUCCACAAACAUAGUGCUAGAUCCUCCACCGGCUAAUAAUGUGACUGUUUAUGGUGAAGCGCAUGUGUUUAUGUGUAAACGAUUCGCUAAUGACCAAAUUGCUAUACAGCGAUUUAUAAAUCCUAUGAAUCAUACACCUCCUGCACCUGCUGGAUCAGAACAAGGUGGUAAAUUUACACCUUUACCUGGAAGAUUUAUAGAUGGUGUUGUUACUUGUCAGUUUCUUUUGUCCGAUUUUGCUCCUCAAAGAGUGAAACAACUUAACACAUUAAGACCACUUUCACAAUCAGGAAAAUAUCAUCCUCUGUUUGCCGUUGGAUUGGUGAACGCUACGGGUGACGCACAAUAUCAUGAUGGACGUGAACCUCAGCCUGGUCUUGUUCAAUUAGAUCAAAAUCAAAAUUUAAUAUAUCACCAAAACAGUUCUAAGCUAUUCAAUGAAAUAUAUCCGAGCUCAUAG